AACUUCCUUGGCGUCUAACGGAGUGGUGGUUCUGCUGUGACUGUGACUGUGAGACUGUGACAACAGACAGUUCUCAAAUCAGUGCAUACAAAUGCAUGAGGUGUAACUAUCGUAACUUGCACGAUAAGCAUACGACGCGAGUAAAGAAAUGAUCAAAAAUACUUAUUUGUCCCAAUAAUAACCGAAUAAUUAUUUAUAUUGCAUGGUCUCAAGCCAGAGUGAUUAAAAUUUGUUAUUCUACAUUCCUCGAAAGUAUUUUUAUAAAAUAUAAAUAUAUCGAACGUUACAAGCGAUACAUACAGUCUCACUCGUUUCACAAUACGGUUCCCAGCUUCUUAGAUAAUUAUUUUCCAACAAAAAGAAAUCAUGUCCGCGAGUACUUCUCACACAGAAAAAGAAUUAGAUUUAAGUAAUGCUGGCAGAGGUGUGUGGCUAGUCAAAGUGCCUAAAUACAUUGCGAACAAAUGGGAGAAAGCACCCGGCAAUAUUGAAGUUGGGAAAUUAAAGAUAACCAAAAACCCUGGCCAGAAAGCUGAGGUAUCUCUUAAAUUAUCAGAGGCUGUCUUGGCUUUAAAGGAGCCAGGAGAAGAAGAGAUUCCUAAGCAACAUAGAUUAGACGUUACGACAGUAACGAAACAAAUGUUAGGUGUAUUCUCUCAUGUUAUGCGUAAGUUUCCAACAGAUAUUUCUCGAACGAUUUACUCGAAAAUAUAUUUCGUAAGUGUAUAUUCUUUUCUAGCAUCAAAUAAUUCUGAUUCUAUUGUUCCUGAAACUGAAAAGCUUUACAUGGAAGGAAGAAUUGUACAAAAAUUAGAAUGUCGACCAUACGCGGACAAUUGUUAUAUGAAAUUGAAAUUACAAAGCAUUAAGAGGGCUUCUGUACCACAAAGACAGGUUCAGCAAUUAGACAGGGUGGUUCAAAAUUUCAAGCCUGUUUCUGACCAUAAACAUAACAUUGAAUAUGCAGAAAAGAAGAAGGCAGAGGGCAAAAAGAUGCGAGAUGACAAGGAUGCAGUAUUGGAUAUGUUGUUUGCAGCAUUUGAGAAACAUCAGUAUUAUAAUAUUAAGGAUCUUGUCAAAAUUACAAGGCAACCAAUUGUAUAUUUAAAGGAAAUAUUGAAUGAAGUUUGUAACUAUAAUCUGAAAAAUCCUCAUAGAAAUAUGUGGGAGUUGAAGCCAGAGUAUAGACAUUACAAGGAAGAGGAAAAGCCUGAAAAUGCUCAGAAAAAAUCUGAUGAUUUGGAUGAUGAUUAAUCGAUGAGAUUUGUAUAUACAUUUAUUUUUAUUCUGUUCGUUCAAUUGAAAUAUAGUUAGAAAUAGAAUAUUUUAUAUAAUCUGAAACUCGAGGCUGUGCGGAAUUUACAUGAUUCUGUAAAAAUUUUUAAAAUUUUCUACAUUUACAAUAAUUUCGUUACGUUCUGUUAAU